AUGGCACAAAUGUGGCUCCUUUGGUGGCCAAAAAACAACAGGAAGACUGGUGGUGUAGAUACCAUUGCCACCACCAGUAAGAUGGUAGAAAAUAUUGGCAGUACACAAACUUGUUUCUGUGGGUGUCUAACAAAGCUUUUGAAGAAGCUAAAGAAAAGAGGGAGAGUGCUACGCGCUGCCACUGCAAAUAGACAAUCUUCAUUCCAGUGCCGGUAUGAUCCAUCGAGUUAUUCUCUCAACUUUGAUACAAGUGGGUGUGGAAGCAUGUUAGAUGAUGAAGAUUACUACCAGUUUUGUGCUUUCACUUCAAGGUUCGUGGCCAACCCACCAAGGACAAGGAGUAGCCAUCGGAAAUACCAUGCCGUAGACACCAAAAGAGAGCUUUUUGAUUUUCUAUUCGAUGGAGUUGGGUACGUAGACAUGUGCAAGGUGAGCUACCAUCUCCAAAGCAAAAUUAUAAACAAUAUUGAUGUGCAUAUGCAUAGGAACUUGUUCAUCUGGGGAGACAAAAUUCCGUAA